AUCAAGCUGCUUUACGGCUGCCGGUUGCGUGAAGAAGAAGGUGAAAGCAGAAGUAGCAUCAAGUGUUUCAUAAAGACGGGCUCCUGCACUCAGGGAUUUGGACCCCCAGCGGAUCAAGACACCGACUCCAAGAAGUGUGAACGUAGUCGGUCAAAGGUGAGCAACAAUGGCUGUGAACGUGUACGCAACCUCAGUGACCAGUGACAACCUGAGUCGUCAUGACAUGCUGGUCUGGAUCAACGAGUCGUUACUGAUGAACCUCACUAAGAUAGAGAUGUUGUGUACAGAUUAUCCCCGUUGACAAAUUGGUGAAGGGAAAAUUCCAGGACAACUUUGAGUUUGUUCAGUGGUUUAAGAAGUUCUUUGAUGCCAACUAUGAUGGGAAGGAAUAUGACCCCAUGGCAGCAAGACAGGGGCAGGAUGCCAUGCCCACACCCUCACCUGCACCUUCAGUUCUCAACAAACCCCCCAAAAAGACCCUCAGUCAAGCCCCUCAGAGACCACCUGUUGCAAAGGUGGCACCUAAGUUGGCUCCUGUUGGCACCAAGAAGCUGGGGAUGGGAGGGGGCCCAGAGGAGAGAGCAGAGCUCCUGAAUGAGAUUGAGAUGCUGAAAUCCACCAUUCAGGACAUGGAAAAGGAAAGAGACUUUUAUUUUGGCAAGUUGAGGAACAUUGAGCUUAUUUGCCAGGAGAAGGAAGGAGAGGGCGACCCCACCCUGCAGAGGAUCAUAGACAUCCUCUAUGCAACUGAU